AUGGGGAUUGUUGAUGGUUCCAAUCCCUGCCCUUCUCAAUAUUCUAGUGAUGAGCUCUGUGAUCAAAGUGUUUUUAACUCUGCAUAUGUAGUUUGGCAGUACAAGGAUCAAACCGUGCUUGGUUGGAUUGUCUCAUCCCUUUCUCCUUCAAUUGUUUCCACUAUUUAUGGUCUGGAAACAUCUCGGCUUGCUUGGCAGGACCUCAAUUUGCGUUUUGUUGCACUUUCCACUUCUCGAAUUUCUCUCAUCAAGAGAAAACUUCAAUCUUUUCAGCAAGGCUCCAUGUCGUGCCAAAGUUUUCAGGAUGAAGUCAAAUCUCUCUCAGAUGAAUUAUUAGCAGUUGGCAAACCUGUUGAGGAUUUUGACUUGAUUUUAUCUGUGCUUAAUGGACUCAACUCCUCCUUUCAUUCCUUUGUCACAACAUACAUGCUGUUUGCAAAGGAAAAAUCCAUGUCUUUUUCUGACUUUCAUGCCGAGCUGCUCAACUAUGAUCUCAUGUAG